AAGAAAGAAAGAAAGAAAGAAAGAGAAAUGAAAAAACUCCUCCCUAUUCCGUCACUUUUUCACAGUAAACCCUAUAAGUCAGAAACGUAGAGUAGGUGAGUUCUUCAUUGUCAACAUCUACCCUGUUCAGACUAUACUCUCCUGUCUCUCUCUCUCUAUCUCUCCCUCCAUCAACUCAAUCCAUCCAUUCUACCAGGGCUCCAUCAGGAUGGUGUCAGCUGGGCUACAGAUGCUGGGCACGGCCCUGGCGAUCAUCGGCUGGCUGGGAAGCAUCAUCAUCUGUGCUCUGCCCAUGUGGAAGGUGACAGCUUUCAUCGGAGCCAACAUCGUCACCGCUCAGGUCAUCUGGGAAGGGUUAUGGAUGAACUGUGUGACCCAGAGCACGGGACAGAUGCAGUGUAAGGUCUACGACUCCCUCCUGGCCUUGCCCCAGGACCUGCAGGCCGCCAGGGCUCUGAUCAUAAUCGCCAUAAUUGCCGGCGUGUUCGCCAUCCUGCUGGGCAUCGCCGGCGGGAAGUGCACUAACUUCGUGGAUAACGAGAGGUCCAAGGCCAAGGUAGCCAUCGCUAGUGGAGUCAUCUUCCUCAUUGCUGCCCUUCUGGUUCUGGUCCCUGUCUGCUGGUCGGCCAACACCAUCAUCCGAGACUUCUACAACCCCCUUUUGGUCGAGGCCCAGAGAAGGGAGCUGGGAGCCUCACUCUACAUCGGCUGGGGCUCCGCGGGGCUGAUGAUCCUGGGCGGGGCGCUCCUCUGCUGCUCCUGCCCCCCCAAAGAUGAGAACCACAAUGUCAAGUACUCCAAGGCUGCUAGUUCCGUGGCUGGCAGCAGCAAGGCCUACGUCUAGAGGGUUUGACACACCACAGACCAGACCACCACAGACCAGACCACCACAGACCAGCACCAGGGGAUGAGGGGAUGAAUAGCCUGCCUGGGUGAGAGGACUGAAGGGAGGUGGUGUUGAAAAUGGGACUCUCCAGGUUGUUCACUCUGCUGUUUUCAUGUUUUUACUGAUGCUUUUGCCACAUUCUUUGCAGUAAUGAAGUUUCUCUCGUGUGAAUUUGCUGAUGGAGUUUUUUGCUUUUACUGUCAUGUUCGACUGUGGUACCAAAGUGAAAUAUAAGAGUCAAUGUAUGAGUGUGUUGACAGUGUGUUGGCGAAAGUAUGUACUUUUCUAGUUAGUGUAAAAUGUGAUGUCAGUUACUGUGCAACCCAUUUAGACAAAUGUAGAAGAAUCCUUCUCUAAGGCCUCAGCAAAAAGUCUACAAUCAAGCAUCGUAAAAACAGAAUUCCACUCACUUUUGAACACACUGUUAUCAUUAAUUUGAAAGCAUGUUUUUGGACUCUUUCUAGAAUUUUAGUUGUAAAACAAUUGGCACGUUCAUGAAUUAGGGAAGGUUGGAUUUAACUGUUUGAUUAAUAUUGUUUUCUGUUUUUGUAUGUCGCCUUCCGACUCACAUGGAUUUGUUUUGUUUUUAUCACUCAGUACUACCAUAUAUUAUUAUUAAUAUUAUUCUAUAUUAUCCACAUCCUAAGACAUAUUUAAAACCAAUAUAUUUAGUAUUCUAUUAUUCCAAGUAAAUGUUUUAAUAAACAAUUAUAUUUCAAAGUCAGA